UUCUUUCACGACCAAAUUAACAUUGCAACUCACAUAACUGCUGUUGUUCCUCAGACAAUAAUUCUGGUUGUGGCAGUGAUCAUGGCCGUGACGGCAAGACCAGAGGGCGGCUAUGGCGGACCAGGAUCUGGAGGACAGGUGGUCAGUGGCCUAGGAGUUGGGGGACCAGGGAUUCAAGCUCGGUAUGUGCCCGCAACAUCUGGAGGACAGGGAGGCCAGUACGGCGCCGCCCCCGCAAAGUACAACUUCCAGUGGGACGUCAACGACCAGCCAUCAGGCAACUUCUACGGUCACGGAGAGCAGAGGGACGGAGACAACACCCAGGGCAGUUACUAUGUCCAGCUGCCUGACAGUCGUCAACUGAAGGUUGAAUACUUCGUUGACCAGUUCGGUUACCACCCCACCGUCACCUUCGAGGGCGAUGCCCAGUACCCCAGCGGGUCACAGAAGGGCUACUACCAGUAGCAGACCUCAACAGGCCUCAGCUGCUCACUUAAGACCAGCAGGUCCGGGUCUCAACACGAAUAUCACCAGUUGCCUGCUUAUCACAUCUCUCUCGAGACGCACUAGCUGCCUC